AACAAAUUGUAGCACACUUGUUGUUUACAUUGCAUAAACAGUCUCAAAAUCUAAUUGAUCUGACUGAAUUUGGUGGGAGUUCGGGGUUAUGUCCGCAGCAGACUGUCGAUGCGAGGUAGCUAGCACACCCUGUCUGUCGAGCACGCAGAUGGAUUGAAUCCACCCAUCUCUGGUCUUUUAUCGAUGACUCGCGAAUGCUAGCUAAUUCAAUCUAAUGUUAACCAAUUUAUCGCAAGAGAAACAAGUUAAAGUUUUAUUCUUUCAGCGGCAGGUGAAGGAUUUCGACAUUCAUUCGCCAAAACAAAAUACAUAAUAAAACUUUUUUUGUUUUUUUUUACCAAAGAAGAAAGGCCCUUUCCAAAGAAACUACAACAACAACCCUCGAGCUCGGAGUUGCAUGUGCAUGGGCUACAGCCUGCAAGGCGGGCUUGGAAACCCCGAGGAUUCUCGGCCUCCUGGUGUUCAGAGGGAAAGAGAAGUCAACAGAUGGACAAUGCUGAUGUGAGCGUUUUUUGGGGGGUUUAAGUGUAGGGUCUUUUUGAGAGACAACGGGACAUCAGCAGCUAGUUAACUUAGCUAUCGCCUGACCUCGAGGGACUGAAAGACCCCCACACGGACCUUGCAAACGACAGCGCUACAGACAUGAUGGAAGAACUGCACAGCCUGGACCCUCGGCGGCAGGAGCUGCUUGAGGCUCGCUUCACAGGAGUCGGAGUGGCCAAGGGUUCGGGAAUAAACGAGUCGUCCAACCAGAGCCUGUGCAGCGUGGGCUCUCUGAGCGACAAGGAGCUGGAGACACCAGAGAAGAAGCCCAGUGACCAGAGAACCAGGAAGAGGAAAGGAGAGCAGUACGAUAAGGGAGGCGCCAGAAGUCACAAAAUUAGCGACUAUUUUGAGGUGCAGCAGGGCAGUCCGUCGUCCACAGGCUCAGCAGCUCCCGCCGAGCCCUCCUCCAGCUCUCUGAAGCCUGUUCUGCUCCACUCCUCCUCAUCCUGUCACAAAUCUACUCAGUCUGACUUGACGCUUGAGAAGCUGACAGCAUUAGAGAACAACAAGAACUCUGACCUAGAGAAGAAGGAGGGACGAAUCGACGACUUAUUGAGGACUAACUGUGACCUGCGGCGCCAGAUAGACGAGCAACAGAGGGCGCUGGAGCGGUACAAGGAGCGCCUCAACAAGUGUGUGACCAUGAGCAAAAAGCUGCUUAUCGAGAAGUCGAAGCAGGAGAAGAGGACGUGCCGGGACAAAAGCAUGCAGGACCGCCUGCGACUGGGCCACUUCACCACCGUGAGACACGGAGCCUCCUUCACCGAGCAAUGGACCGACGGAUACGCCUUCCAGAACCUCAUCAAGCAGCAGGAGAGGAUAAACUCUCAGAGGGAGGACAUAGAGAGACAGAGGAAGCUGCUGGGUAAGAGGAAGCCCUCUACAACCACCACCACCACAGCCCAGAGCCUCACCCUCCUCACCACACCGAACACCAUGGAGCCUCCAACUGCCCCCAACAGCUCCGGCACCAACAAACGCAAGAGCAAGACCAACGGACAAGACAACGAAGCGUUGUCGCUUGCAGAAUAUCACGAGCAGGAGGAGAUUUUCAAACUCCGGCUUGGGCAUCUAAAGAAGGAGGAGGCAGAGAUCCAGGCAGAGCUGGAGAGGUUGGAGCGCGUCAGGAACCUCCACAUCCGGGAGUUGAAGAGGAUCCACAACGAGGACAACUCCACAUUUAAAGACCACCCCACGUUGAACGACCGAUACCUGCUAUUAUAUCUCCUGGGACGAGGUGGCUUCAGUGAAGUUUACAAGGCCUUUGACCUAACGGAGCAAAGAUACGUGGCGGUUAAGAUCCACCAGCUCAACAAGAACUGGAGGGACGAGAAGAAGGAGAACUACCACAAGCAUGCCUGCAGAGAGUACAGGAUCCACAAGGAACUGGACCAUCCCCGAAUAGUCAAACUGUAUGACUACUUCUCACUGGACACAGACUCGUUCUGCACAGUGCUGGAGUUCUGCGAGGGCAACGACCUGGACUUCUACCUGAAGCAGCACAAGCUGAUGUCUGAGAAGGAGGGCCGCUCCAUCAUCAUGCAGAUCGUCAAUGCCCUCAAGUACCUCAACGAGAUCCGUCCUCCCAUCAUCCACUAUGACCUCAAGCCAGGCAACAUCCUCUUGGUGAACGGCACGGCGUGCGGCGAGAUCAAGAUCACCGACUUCGGCCUGUCCAAGAUCAUGGAUGACGACAGCUACAACUCUGUGGAUGGGAUGGAGCUGACCUCCCAGGGAGCAGGGACUUACUGGUACCUGCCCCCAGAGUGUUUUGUGGUCGGCAAGGAACCCCCCAAGAUCUCCAACAAGGUGGACGUGUGGUCGGUGGGGGUCAUCUUCUACCAGAGCCUCUACGGACGCAAGCCAUUUGGACACAACCAGUCCCAGCAGGACAUCUUGCAGGAGAACACCAUACUGAAAGCCAAAGAGGUGCAGUUUCCCCCCAAACCUGUGGUCACCACAGAAGCCAAGGCCUUCAUCCGUCGCUGCCUGGCCUACCGCAAGGAGGAGCGCAUCGACGUGCUGCAGCUGGCCCAAGACCCCUUUCUCAUGCCCCCCUUCCGCAAGGCCCUGGCCACUGGAGCCGGGCCGUUGGCGUCGGGCUCCACGCCCUCCACCUCCAGCGCAUACAACAGCAGUGCCUCGAACUGAGGUUCCCAAUGCCACCCCAGAGGGCCCCUGUGGGGGCCACAUUACUCAAACGCCCUCCCUUCUGGAUAUGGGGAUGGGGGAAGGAGGAGGUAAAAACAGACUAAAGGAUGGAGGAGUAAUAUCUGAAGUGCCCUCCCUAUCCUCACCCCUCCUAAGACGCGAAGGGGCAGUGCCAGUCUAUGGCUUGUCUGUAGGACCCAAUGGCUGCCCACGUACACACACCACAAAUAAGAGAAAGACCUUGCUUGGCCUGUCCAGUGGGCUGCUUCAGAGGGCUAUAGGAAAAUGGACUGAAGUUACAGUAUGUGUGUUGUGGGAAAACCAAACAGCUCAAAUCAAUUUGUAUUUGUCACAUACACAUGUUUAGCAGAUGUAGCGAAAUGCUUGUAAGCUAGAAGCAUGGCAGCCCUGUCUGUCGGCACCACUUUCCUACAUCCAUUUGUUUUGAGAAGCUUUUUUAAAAAUAUUUUUGCUUGAGUUGUAUCGUAAGUUGAACUCUAUAUUUCCCAACAAUAUAAUCAAUUACCCCCCUCCCCAUGGUGAGCCAUGAACUAUUUUUAAGGGCUCAAAUGAUGGGGGAGUUUCUAUUUCUGAUGACCUAAGUUGAAAGCAUGCCUGGCUGAUACAACACUGUUAGGUUUACAUUGACAAGUUAAAGAAAGCAGUCAUUUUCACUUGACUGAUUUAAAUAUUAUAUUGGACUGGGAAUUUACUUUGUCUAUUUUUUUCAUGAGGCUUUCCCCCAAAAUGGAGAGGGAGGGACUUAAUAGAAAUGCAUAUAAACCAUUCACCGAC